AUGGGCCAACGACACAAUCCUGGGAUAGCAGAACCAGCGGAGAGGCAGGGCCCGGAUCCCGAGGGUCUGGUGGGGCGCAGGGUAACUGCACCGGAGGCAACAAUCUGCGUGUCAAUCCAGCGCCGGGUGAACGUCUCCGUGGAGGAGCAGCGCGUGGCAGCCAUAGGGCCAGGGUGGGGGUCACAGGGCCGCCGACCCCGACUGCAGGCGAUGGUGGGGAAUCAGCCAGGGCGGCGCUGGGGCGAGGGGCGGACACCGUCCUGGGAUGUGGCCGGCGGGAUCUCGGCAAUUGUCCUAGAACGCCGGACAGUCCGGAGCAAAGCUGACUCGACACACAAGACAGCCCACACGGGUAGGCAAAUGCUGGAGCUGGGACAAGACCAGAACACGCUGCUUUCAGCCUGCAGCCUGGCUAACCAGCAACCAUCAGCGUUCACGAAUCAGAUCACAGCCACCGACCCGCGGGCCGACGCUCACAAGCCAUUUACCCAGGUGCCCGUCGCUCCUACCGUCUCCUUGCUGGCCUUGGGGCUGGGAGAGGAGCGGGACCCGGAGGUCGGAGCAGGGGGGGCUGAGCCCCAGCUGACUCCCCCCUCCCUCCCCGCAGUGCAGCACGAGUGCAUCCCACAGGCCAUCCUGGGCAUGGACGUGCUGUGCCAGGCCAAGUCGGGCAUGGGCAAGACGGCCGUGUUCGUGCUGGCCACGCUGCAGCAGCUGGAGCCCGUCACGGGGCAGGUGUCGGUGCUGGUGAUGUGCCACACGCGGGAGCUGGCAUUCCAGAUCAGCAAGGAGUAUGAGCGCUUCUCCAAGUAUAUGCCCAGCGUCAAGGUGGCGGUGUUUUUCGGGGGCCUGUCCAUCAAGAAGGACGAGGAGGUGCUGAAGAAGAACUGCCCCCACAUCGUGGUGGGGACGCCGGGCCGGAUCCUGGCCCUGGCGCGCAACAAGAGCCUCAACCUCAAACACAUCAAGCACUUCAUCCUGGACGAGUGCGACAAGAUGCUGGAGCAGCUUGAUAUGCGCCGGGAUGUCCAGGAGAUCUUCCGCAUGACCCCGCACGAAAAGCAGGUCAUGAUGUUUAGCGCCACCCUGAGCAAGGAAAUCCGCCCCGUCUGCCGCAAAUUCAUGCAAGACCCCAUGGAGAUCUUCGUGGACGACGAGACGAAGCUGACGCUGCACGGCCUGCAGCAAUACUAUGUCAAGCUGAAGGACAACGAGAAGAACCGCAAGCUCUUCGACCUGCUCGACGUGCUGGAGUUCAACCAGGUGGUGAUCUUCGUCAAGUCGGUGCAGCGCUGCAUCGCGCUGGCCCAGCUGCUGGUGGAGCAGAACUUCCCGGCCAUCGCCAUCCACCGGGGCAUGCCCCAGGAGGAGAGGCUGUCCCGCUACCAGCAGUUCAAGGAUUUCCAGCGCCGGAUCCUGGUGGCCACCAACCUCUUCGGGCGGGGGAUGGACAUCGAGCGGGUCAACAUCGCCUUCAACUACGACAUGCCCGAGGACUCCGAUACCUACCUGCACCGGGUGGCGCGCGCCGGGCGGUUCGGCACCAAGGGCCUGGCCAUCACCUUUGUGUCAGACGAGAACGACGCCAAGAUCCUGAACGACGUGCAGGAUCGCUUUGAGGUGAACAUCAGCGAGCUGCCCGACGAGAUCGACAUCUCCUCCUACAUCGAGCAGACCCGAUAAGGGGCGUCCUCGACACUCCUCAUCCCACAUCGUCGUCCUUCUUUUGGUGGUUUUAAGCCCUUCUCCCUACACCCCAUUUCAUUUCCACGCGACCCCGAGAGCCGAUGAGGAGGAUGGAGAAGACGGCCCAGGCCCUGCCCCCGCCCUGGGGACCACAGCCCUGACAGACUUUGGGGGGUGGGGGGGUGGGACGGGGGCAGGAGAACCAUUGGAAGAGCGGACUGGAGCGGUGGGGGGCAUGGCAGGGUUCACCCCUGUCCUGCCCUGCUGUGGGAGAAGGAUCCCACCUCACCCCCCAGCUGUGGGGCGUAGCCCACCCUGCCACCAAUGGGCCCUGGCCUUUGUUGGUGCCAAUGGAAGGAUCCCAGCGCUGCCACCAACAGUCCCAGGAUCCACCACCAAGGAGCCCUGAUCCCAGCUGGGCCCUAACCGAGGGAGAUCCCAGCCUGCCACCAGCGACCCCUGGGCUGGGCCCCCUCGCCUGGCACCAAUGCCGACCCCUUCCCCUUCCUGCAAGAAUUUCAGCAGGAGCGAGCCCUUGGCUCUGGCCGGGGGGCCCGCGGCCCCUCCCGCGCUCCCUGCCACGCGCGGUGAGCUUGUGUUUUUAUAGGAAAAGAGAAAAUCCUGAGAAAAAGCCCCCUCCCCCCACGUCCUUUUUUUUAUACCAAGUUUGGAGCCGGUUUUACCAGCGUCGUGCGGCUUUGUGCGUUUCCCCAUUUUUCGUUGUCUGUGUGGAGCAUCCGGGCCACGCGGGGCUGGGCUGGGCCAGUGGGCGCUGGGGGGCAGCGCUCGUGGGCGGCUGUGGGAACGUCGCCCUGAGGAUGGAUUAAAAGACUUGUCAGAA